UGGUAAAGAUCGUUGAAUAUGGGAACAUUAAUUUUGUUGUCAUAGGAACGCAUAUCAAAAUGGCGACUUUAGGGGUGCAGAGGAAUUCUACCUCACAGAAGGGUGUGAGGCUAACAAGCAGGGGCUUCCCCAGUCUGUUCCGGGCAGACUCUGAUGAUGAGACGUCCUCAGAUAGUGGCGGUGAGAGGGAACAGAAUGCACAGCCAUCACGUCUUCCACUGAAUGAGGUGAUUACGCAUACUCCAAAGACACUUGCAACAUUGCUUGACUUGCUGUUACCAAGACUACAGCCCUCUGCUGACGUCAAGAGUGUCUCUCUCCGGGAUCAGAAAAGCCUAAUGAACGCACUUGUGGGGGAGCUGGCCUCUCAGUUCUCAGUCAUUCAGCACCAGAUAGAUGAUCCGUUUUUGAAUCCACAACAGAAUAAGGACUUACACAGGAGAGUGGUAGUGAGAGUAUGUGAAAUCAUCGAGGAGCUAUACCAACAAUUCCUGGCCAAGACAGCAGCUGUUGACAGUGGUGCUGUGUUCAGUGCAGCUGCUAAUCUGAGCAGAGUGAGAGCUCAGCUUACCCUUGAGGCCAACAAGCGGUUAAACAUUCCGUUGAUUCGUCGGCAAGUCCUCACUCAGAUUAGAGGAGCGCUCCCCUCGAUUAGAGUAGAUUCCUCCUCUGGUCACGUGACACGGAGGAUCAGGCAGCAGCGACUACCCCCCAUUCCCAAGCAGGAGUCAAAGAGGAGAGUUAUCAUCAAGGAUCUAAAUGACCUACACCUGGAUGAGCCCCUGGACAGGAAGAGGGCUGGUGGUGAUGUGCGUAUGGAGAGUGGAGCCGUGCGCAAGAGAAUACACAAGUUGCAAUCCAGAGUGCCACGCCCCCCUAGUGUGGAGGAAGACACGCCCUUUGUGGUGGAGGAUGAGUACAGUCGUCCCGAGAUUGAGACUAGUCAGAGCACUAUUAAACAGCCGCCAUCACCCUCAAAGUUGCGUCGUGUUUCCUCUCUGCCUGAGUUAUGGGGAGCGUUCUUGCUCUGUGACCUCGGAUUGACCUCUAGGCCUGACAGGCCGUCUAACAAGAGUGGAGAACAGGCUCUCCUGGGUCUACAACGUCUUCCUAGUGUUGAGAACUUCACGGUAAAACUGGACUUUAGGCUCAGUGGGAACGAAGUGUCUUCAAGCACUGAGAGCAAGCAACUUGGAGAGUACACUGUCCAGGACCUGAGCAAAGAUUUGCAAUCUCUCUGUCAGCCUUCAAGUGGAAAUGAGAUUGGAGUGGACGAGCUUUAUCCACUAUUACAGGCCCAUGGUCAUGGUCUGAGCUCACGCGGGUGUCAGAGGCUGGCCCAGUACGAUGCUCAGCAGAGGAGGGAGAGAGAGGGGGGAUGUGAAGAGGACACUGUCAGCACUUCCACUGAGAGCAGGAUACCCUCUGUAUCCACUCCACAGCAGCUCAUCUACCUCGACGUGGACCAUGCAGUGAGGGGAUCCUCCUACCAUCCCUCUAUGGAUGUAGAGUCCAGACCUAGUCUUAGCCGAUCGUCUACCCAAGCACCGCCUGAGCAAUCACAGUUACUCUCUGAUUUUGGUGGCAGUUUCGGAGGUAACAGCUUCAGAGGCCAUAGUUAUGUAGGUAGUAGUCUUGGAGGCAGCAAUUUAGAACAGAGUGGACUAAGACUGGUAGACACUACAGAGAUGUUGAUACGGUCUCCUGGAGGCAGCCAACCAGAAGCCAGUGCUGUCAUGAUGAAUGCUGAGGAGUUUGCAGAAGUUGAUUUUGUAGAAGCCGAUUUUGAGGAGAAUGCGUCCACUGGCUUCCCAGUAGCUGGGUUUGAAAGGCUAGAAGAUGGUGAAGUGUCCCCCCAACUUCCCUCCCCUGUGCCUCAGCCUGCAGUGGUCACCACACGGCUGGAAGGAGUGGGUGUGGUCAGAACUACGGACGUGCGUGUCUCCGAGCGUACUCUUCUUAAUGAUUUGAAACUUAAACCAUAUGGACCAAUCUACAACCAACUCACUGGAGAAUUGGACAGCUCCAUGAUAGCUGAGCUGGACAGCAAUCUUCACGAGGGCCAAGAACUAAAAGAGAUCUAUGAGGAGAUCAUGAAAACACUACCGACCAAACAUCUAGAAUUCACUAGCGAGCCUACCUUACAGCCGGCCAUUGCUACUCCAGUGGAUCUCUCUCGUAUCCUUGCCUCUGAUACUCUUCAUCACCGACGCAGCAGGAGGGUAAUCAAUAAGAGCCUCUAUCGGCCCAUACCACACCCGUGGGGGUCAGAGGUCAGCAGGACAGACUGGGAGAAGAGCAACCAGUAUCAAGGCCCUGAAUAUGGAAUCAAACCUGGAGGUGGUGUCCCCCUGGUCCCUCAAUCGUCUAAAGUCCCUCAUCCUUACACCACGUGGGCCAACACUUGGAGCUCCACCAUUAACACUGACGACUACUUCAAGUACGUCUCACGGACAGAGUCAGACUAUCUCCGCCUGGUCUACCACCUCUAUGACUCAGAGGGGAGUGACUCGGAGGAGGAGGAGGAGGCUAAACUCAAGAGGGAGCAUCUCGAGCAGCAACACCGGAAACUCUUGGCCCAAGAGGCUCGGCGUAGGCAGCGCUACAGUGCCAAGAGUCGCUAUGAGGCUGGACUCUGGAAUGUGAACACUGUGACAAUGGGUGGACUGGGAGGGGACCCAGACGCAUCCUCUGAUGAAGAACCAGAGAUUCCUAUCGCUGAUCAUGAACAGAUGUCAUUAUCCCCUGAGGAGGGCCAGAAGAGAUUGUGUGAGCUGUGGCGACGAUUGCAUUUCCCCGAGUCCCUUCAAGUGGACAUGGCCAUCAAAUACAGUAACCCACAAAAAUCUUCACAAUUCAUCACUGUAUUAGGCUUAUGGGACAAGGUGGCGUGUGUCAUAGAAAACCGAGAAAAGCUUCUAUCUGACCUGGAGAAUUUUGAGAGAGAGGCCUCCGAUCCGACCAGGUUCUUCUCAAAAGGCACUAGAGGAUCGGCAGUUUCUAGACUCAGUGAGGCUAAAACAAGAGACAGUCUGCACAAGAGGCUGGACUCAGUGGACAAGCAGGUCUCGCGUAUCGUGCAUAAACUACGCUCUAAAUAUGGAGACACUGUUACCUACAAGGGUCGUUGUUAUCAGGACAAGAUGAGCUCGGACCGCACUGAGAUGCUCUACUGGCUGCAACAGCAAAGGAGAGCGGACGUCCUACAAUUGCAACCAGCUGUGCUCAGCUUGCCUCAGCCGAUGGUCACUGUACCAUUGGACAAUGCUAUAUAGCUAAAUUAUUGCUAUAUCUACGAUUGUAUAAUUUGUGUGUUUGUUGCAAGUUCAAAUGAAUUAUCUUAUGAAUUA